AUGGCUCAGUCAGAGGCCCUCUUAGUGCUGGAAAACUUUAUAGGUGGCAAAUUUGUUCCUUGUUCCUCCUACAUAGACUCCUAUAAUCCAUCCACUGGAGGUGUCUAUUGCAGGGUGCCAGACAGUGGCAAAGAGGAGGUGGAAGCUGCUGUCAAAGCUGCCAAAGAUGCCUUCCCAGUUUGGUCCUCAAAAAGUCCAUUGGAAAGAUCUCAGAUCCUGAACAAAUUGGCAGACCUGAUUGAACAUGACCUGGAAGCAUUUGCACAAGCAGAGUCAAAGGAUCAAGGGAAAACUAUUACGUUUGCUAGAACAGUGGACAUCCCUCGGGCCGUGUACAACUUCCGAUUCUUUGCCUCUUCCAUCCUUCAUCACACAACAGAAUGCACCGAGAUGGCAAACAUGGGCUGCGUGCAUUACACCUCGAGGGCGCCUGUGGGAGUUGCUGGUUUAAUCAGUCCCUGGAAUUUGCCACUCUAUUUGUUGACCUGGAAAAUUGCUCCUGCCAUUGCAUGCGGAAAUACUGUGGUUGCCAAGCCAAGUGAGAUGACGUCUGUCACGGCUUGGAUGAUGUGCAGACUCUUGGAGAAAGCAGGAGUACCCCACGGCGUGGUGAACGUGGUGUUUGGGACAGGCGCCAAGGCGGGAGAAGCCCUCGUCUGCCACCCCGACGUGCCUCUGAUCUCCUUCACGGGAAGCACGCUGACGGCCCAGCGGAUCACGGAGAAAAGCGCUCCGCAUUGCAAACGGCUCUCACUGGAACUGGGAGGCAAAAACCCCGCGAUCAUCUUCGAUGAUGCCGACUUGACCCCAUGCAUCCUCACGACCCUGAGGUCCAGCUUUGCCAACCAGGGUGAGAUCUGCCUCUGCACCUCCAGGAUCUUUGUUCAGAAGGGCAUAUACAGCGAGUUUUUGAGGAGGUUUGUGGCAGAGGCUAAGAAGUGGAAGGUUGGGAACCCCUCAGAUCCUGCAGUCGACAUGGGAGCACUAAUAAGUAAAGAGCAUCUAGAAAAGGUAAGGAGCUAUGUGAAGAAAGCCCAAGCUGAAGGAGCCAGAGUCCUCUGCGGAGAGGGAGUGGAUUCCUUGGCUCUCCCAGCUGUCAACCAGAAAGGCUAUUUCAUGUUGCCCACAGUUAUUGCUGAAGUCAAGGAUGACUCUUGUUGCAUGCAAGAAGAGAUCUUUGGUCCUGUGACGUGUGUGGUAGCAUUUGAUACAGAAGAAGAAGUGAUUGAAAGAGCCAACAGUGUGAAAUAUGGCUUGGCAGCCACUGUGUGGUCCAGCAACGUGGGUCGUGUUCAUCGGGUGGCACAAAGACUACAGUCUGGGUUGGUGUGGACCAACUGCUGGCUUGUUAGAGACCUGAACUUGCCAUUUGGUGGGAUGAAAGCCUCAGGCGUAGGAAGGGAGGGAGCAAAGGAUUCCUACGAGUUCUUCACUGAGGUCAAAACCAUCACAAUAAAGCACUGACAUAUGUCAGCAGAAGUAUUUUAUGGUAAAGUAAAUGACAGUAAUUUGUGUUACCAUAAAUGGCUUUCUGGAACACAGGCUGCUAUUGUGGCCAUCUCUUUCUUGAGCUUUGGUCAAGUAAUAUCAAUGACAG